AUGUCGACAGGAGACCAACCAGACUGGCGAACCAAGCCCCGCAAGGACCAGUCGCCCACCGUGAUCGGUGACUCCAAGAAAUUCUGGAAAUGGUCCAAGGAGGAAGGGUUUGACCUCACGCACCCCCCCACGCCCAAUUCCGACCCCGUACAGCCCCGUUUGAAGCUGCAAUGCGCCAUGACACCGAUUGUCAUUGAUCCGGCAAAAACCGCGCUGCUAAUCAUCGACCUCCAAAACUACGAUCUCCACGAAGCUUCGGGCAACAACAACCCCGAGUUCUACCGCGCCGAAGACAUCAUUCUGCAAUACGCCAUCCCUGCAGCACGCGAGACCGGCAUCCAGAUCAUCUGGGUGACCACCGGCUACUCGGACCAAGACCUGAAGCAGAUGGAUCCCGGCGUCUUCAAGACGUUCAAUUUCAUGCCGGUUGAGACGUCUCCGGACUGGCAGAAGCUGCCGCUGGGCCAAGGGUGGAGCAAUAAGGGCAUGUUCCGGAACCAAAAGGGUGUUGGCGACGAGAUCGGGGAGGUCAAAGACAAGAACGGCAAGGUCAUUGACGGCGGCAGGAUCCUUGUCAAGGGAUCAUGGAACAGCUGGCUCCACGAUCCGCUGUCAGAUGCUUACUACGAAGGCAAGCGCGCCGACGUGGUGCCGCCCGACGUGCACUUCCACAGGAAUAGAAGCUCGGGAAUGUGCGACAGGAUGAAGGAUGUGACCAGAGUUUUGAAGCAGAACAACCUCCAAACUUUUCUCUUCACGGGCAUCAGCAUCGACCAAUGCGUCAUGGGCACGCUGCAGGAUGCCUACCUGAAGGGAUUCGACACCAUCCUGCUCAAGGAUGGUUGUGCUACCGACAGCCCGUCGUACGCACAGUGGAGUGUUGAGCACAGCUGUCUUAUUAGCUGGGGGUUCCUGUCGAGCUGCAAGGACUUUGCCGUGACAGCUGGUCCCAAGGUGGACAAGAUGGAGGAUGUUGAGGAGGCCGAGUUUCCAGAGCCGUUUCGGAGUUGCCGUUGUUCGUAG